UCCCCGGGGACAACCCUGCCUUUGGCGAAUGUGCCCUCGGGGAGCUGGUCCCCGGCGGCCGAGGGAGGGGCGGGGAGACAUCGUGAGCAAGAGAUAGUCAAAGUCGGUGCCGGAGAGAUAAGGAGAGAGCCGAGGGGAAGCGGGUUAGGAGUGGGAGAAGAGGAAGACGAAGGAGGAGGGACGAGGGUGGAGGGAGAGGCGGGGAGGAGCGCUCUUCCUGGUUGGGCCCUGCCCUGAGCUGCUACCCGGGAAGCCCGCCGCGGGGACCUCCGCGACGACCCAACCUCCCCUCCCCUAGGAUGGCGGAGGAGUUCAUCACACCCGUUUACUGCACUGGGGUGUCAGCCCAAGUGCAGAAGCAACGGGCCAGGGAGCUAGGCCUGGGCCGCCAUGAGAAUGCCAUCAAGUACCUGGGCCAGGAUUACGAGCAGCUGCGGGUGCGAUGCCUGCAGAGUGGGGCCCUCUUCCGAGACGAGGCCUUCCCCCCAGUGCCCCAGAGCCUGGGCUACAAGGAGCUGGGUCCCAACUCCUCCAAGACCUAUGGCAUCAAGUGGAAGCGCCCCAUGGAGCUGUUGUCAAAUCCCCAGUUCAUCGUGGAUGGAGCCACUCGCACAGAUAUCUGCCAGGGAGCUCUAGGGGACUGCUGGCUCUUGGCUGCUAUCGCCUCCCUCACCCUGAAUGACACUCUUCUCCAUCGAGUGGUUCCUCACGGCCAGAGCUUCCAGGAUGGCUAUGCAGGCAUCUUCCACUUCCAGCUGUGGCAAUUUGGGGAAUGGGUGGAUGUAGUUGUGGAUGACCUGCUGCCCACCAAGGACGGGAAGCUGGUGUUUGUGCACUCUGCUGAAGGCAGUGAGUUCUGGAGUGCCCUGCUCGAGAAGGCUUAUGCCAAGGUGAACGGCAGCUAUGAGGCCCUGUCAGGAGGCAGCACCUCAGAGGGCUUUGAGGAUUUCACAGGUGGAGUCACCGAGUGGUACGAGCUUCGCAAAGCGCCUAAUGACCUCUACCAAAUCAUCCUCAAGGCUCUGGAGCGGGGCUCCCUGCUGGGCUGCUCCAUUGAUAUCUCCAGUGUCCUGGACAUGGAGGCAGUCACCUUCAAGAAGCUGGUGAAGGGCCAUGCGUAUUCUGUGACAGGGGCCAAGCAGGUGAACUACCAGGGCCAGAUGGUGAACCUGAUCCGGAUGCGGAACCCCUGGGGCGAGGUGGAGUGGACUGGAGCCUGGAGUGAUGGCUCUUCCGAGUGGAACUACAUGGACCCACACAUGCGGGAGCAGCUGCGGGUGAAGAUGGAGGAUGGGGAGUUCUGGAUGUCGUUCCGGGACUUCAUGCGUGAGUUCACCCGCCUGGAGAUCUGCAACCUGACGCCUGAUGCGCUCAAGAGUCGGACCCUCCGCAACUGGAACACCAAGCUCUACGAGGGCACCUGGCGUCGCGGGAGCACUGCAGGCGGCUGCCGAAACUACCCAGCCACCUUCUGGGUAAACCCCCAGUUCAAGAUCCGGUUGGACGAAGUGGACGACGAAGAUGACUAUGGGAAUCGCGAGUCUGGAUGCAGCUUCGUGCUGGCUCUCAUGCAGAAGCACCGCCGCCGCGAGCGCCGCUUUGGUCGCGACAUGGAGACCAUCGGCUUCGCCGUGUACGAGGUCCCUCGGGAGCUGGAGGGCCAGUCGGCUGUGCACUUGAAGCGAGACUUCUUCCUGGCCAACGCAUCCCGGGCACGCUCAGAGCAGUUCAUCAACCUUCGGGAGGUCAGCACCCGUUUCUGCCUGCCGCCUGGGGAGUACGUGGUGGUGCCAUCCACCUUCGAGCCCAACAAGGAGGGCGACUUUGUGCUUCGCUUCUUCUCAGAGAAGAGCGCUGGGACCCAGGAGCUGGAUGACCAGGUCCAGGCCAAUCUCCCAGAUGAGAAAGUGCUCCCAGAAGAGGAGAUCGAUGAGAACUUCAAGGCCCUCUUCAGGCAGCUGGCAGGGGAGGACCUGGAGAUCAGCGUCAGGGAGCUGCAGACCAUCCUGAACAGGAUCAUUAGCAAGCACAAAGACCUUCGGACCAAGGGCUUCAGCCGGGAGUCGUGCCGCAGCAUGGUGAACCUCAUGGAUCGUGAUGGCAAUGGGAAGCUGGGCCUGAUGGAGUUCAACAUCCUGUGGAACCGCAUCCGGAAUUACCUGGCCAUCUUCCGGAAGUUUGACCUGGACAAGUCAGGCAGCAUGAGUGCCUAUGAGAUGCGGAUGGCUAUCGAGUCUGCAGGCUUCAAGCUCAAUAAGAAGCUGUACGAGCUCAUUAUCACCCGCUACUCUGAACCUGACCUGGCCGUUGACUUUGACAACUUUGUGUGCUGCCUGGUGCGGCUAGAAACCAUGUUCCGGUUUUUCAAAACUCUGGAUACGGAUCUGGAUGGAGUGGUGACCUUUGACCUGUUCAAGUGGUUACAGCUGACCAUGUUUGCAUGAGGCCGGGGCUUGGUGCCCUCUGCUGCUCCUCUUCUUUCCUCGUCUUCCUGCCAUGCCACGCCAGGCCACACCAGGCCACACCAGCUGCAAGUGCCUUCCUUGGAGCAAGAAGGCACCCUUGUCCUCCUGUCCCUUCUCCGGCCACCACUGUUCACCUGCUCUGGGCAAAGCUGCAUGGCCCUCCCUGUCCCCCGCCGUGGGCUCAGGGUGGACUCACCUGCCCCAUCCCCCCAUUGCCAAGCCAGGAAGGCAGCUAUUCCCUUAUUCCUGCCUCAGGGCGGGGUGCAGCCCCCAAGCCAGCAGCCUGAUGUGACCUCUGGCUUACUCCAGAGGCCACUCCCAGCCCCACCCACCUGGCCCCACCUGCAGACUUUAUAACCACUAGCUGCACAGCACAGUUGUCUGCAGUCUGCCACCUGGGCAUGUGAGCCCCUCCUGGGAUCGCCUGUGCCUUCCUGGGCUGAAGCCAAAGCCCCCUCCUAGCCCUGCAGCCCACCCCUCUGCAGCCCUUCAUGCCUGCCAGGAGCUGCCUGCCUGGGGGGGUUGACCUUCCUUGCUCCUCUCCUUUUUUAUAUUGGUGAUUUUAAAGGAACUGGUUGUGGGGUUCCAGAGGCACUGGGUGUGGGGCAGGGAGGUCCCAUGUUUCCAUGCAGAGGAACCCCAAAUAAUAAAGGAAAAGGCUUCACCCA